GCAGUGGGUGCACAUUUGAGCAUUAAUACAAAUAAAAGAUAAAAACAAAACACAAAACGCAAAACACAAUAACAUUACUAAAUACUAAAUACUAAUACUAAAAUAAUAAAUGGACAGAGGAAACAAAAUAUAUACACAAUGCAGUGACCAAAGUGAAUUUCCAGCAGGUUAAAGUGUCCAGGAAAAUAAAAUGCUAAAUGGUGAAUGGAGCUGAUGGGUUCAGUAAAACAUAGGUUCACAUAUUAUAUAAAAUCACAUAUUUCCCACCACAUUUAAAAAUCACAUGAAAAUGAAGAUGUUUCAGAUGCAAAAACAAAAUGUCAGCAAGUCUUAACUCCCAAAACAUCAGUUAUGGAUCAGUUGUUGUGUUGUUGUUUGGGCUUUGUCAUCUUGCACUCAGAUGUUUCCAUUACUUUUACAUCACAAUAUUUCAGAAGAGGGACCAAGAUAAAAAAUAAAAAAAACAUUUGGGUAUUUUACUUUAUUUAAAAUGUAAAUAGUUUAAUGUAAAUUAGUUGUAUUGACUGAUGUGUACUUAUAUUCUGUCCCCUAGGAAACUAUUCUAUUUAUGUGAUGCCAACAAGCAACAAUAAGAGUUUUUAAAAAAUCGUUUUAAUCUCAUGUAUCCUUCAAUAUAAGCCUGACAAUUAAUUUUAAAUAAAAGGUAAUUGCAAUUGAAAUGCCAAUAUACUAGAUAUGGAUUGUUGCUGAUGAAAAUUAAUACAUUAUAUGGGAAUCCAGCUAUUGAAAAGCACUCAUAUCAUUCAGCUUAUAUUACAAAUAAAAAAAUUAUCUAUAAAUACUUGAAUAAAUGAUGUCACACCUCUAAAUGUAUCAUUAAAAACAAAUCUGUGAAAAAAAGUCCACCUUAUAAACAGAAAUAUCAGUCGACCUUAAAAAUGAUAACUGAAGGGGGCUCGGUCGAGUGACGUCUCCCCCGUCGAUUGGCUGCCGUUUCCGCUGUCUGCGGUUAUGCAAAUGAGCAGGAGGGGGGCGGGCUCGAGUGGAAACGAGUAGGUGACGUCAGUUCCCCCCAUUCGCGAGCUAGCGAAACAAACAUGGCGAUAGACUCGAGUGGACGGGGGUUCACGCUGACUUUACUCGUCUUUUCCUGUGUUUUCGCGGGCGGUCGGGCCGAGGGGCCGGCGGCAGCGUCGCGGGGCGGGCCCCGGAUCCUCGGCAUGCGGCUGGAGAAGAGCGACACGCCGGCCGGCACCACCGAGCGAGGGGUUAUCCAGGUGACCGAGGGCACCGACACCCUCUUCAGGUUCUACGGGCUCCGCCUGCUGCCCAACACCUCGGCUCUCAUCAAGUUCACGGAACUUUACUCCAGCGACAAGGAGGACGACACCUUCGGCGCGCUGACGGCGCCCAUCAACAGGACGUGCUCCGAGCUCACGAAGGACGUGGAGGUGAAGGGCUCCAUGGCGGUCACCAACCAGAACACCUCCGGCGUGGUCAGCCUGCGGAUCAAGGAGCUCCGCAAGAGCGAGGUGGUCAAGGUGUUCGCCCUGUGCGUGCGCGACACGUCGGAGAAGGAGGAGACGUGGUACCUGAUGGACGACCAGGACGGCCGGGUGCGCGUGGUGGAGGUGGCCAAGUCGCUGCUGCCCAUCUGGCUGCAGGUGAUCCUCAUCUGCUUCCUGCUGGUGCUGUCCGGCAUGUUCAGCGGGCUGAACCUGGGGCUGAUGGCGCUGGACCCCAUGGAGCUGCGCAUCGUGCAGAGCUGUGGCACCGACAAGGAGAAGAGGUACGCGUGCAAGAUCGAGCCCAUCCGCCGGAAGGGCAACUACCUGCUGUGCUCGCUGCUGCUCGGCAACGUGCUGACCAACACCAGCCUCACCAUCCUGCUGGACGACCUCACCAAGUCCGGCGUCGGCGCCGUGAUCGCGUCCACCGUGGGCAUCGUGAUCUUCGGGGAGAUCGUUCCCCAGGCGCUGUGCUCGCGCCACGGCCUCGCGGUGGGCGCCAACACCAUCAUGGUGACCAAGCUGUUCAUGCUGCUCACCUUCCCGCUGUCGUGGCCCAUCAGCAAGAUCCUGGACUGCGUGCUGGGCCAGGAAAUCGGCACCGUGUACAACCGGGAGAAGCUGGUGGGGAUGCUGAAGGUCACGGAGCCCUACAACGACCUGGUGAAGGAGGAGCUCAACAUGAUCCAGGGCGCGCUGGAGCUGAGGACCAAGACCGUGGAGGCCGUGAUGACGCCCGUGAGGGACUGCUUCAUGAUCCACAGCGACACGGUGCUGGACUUCAACACCAUGUCCGAGAUCAUGGAGAGCGGGUACACGCGCAUCCCGGUGUACGAGCAGGAGCGCUCCAACAUCGUGGACAUCCUGUACGUGAAGGACCUGGCCUUCGUGGACCCGGACGACUGCACCACCCUGAAGACCAUCACCAAGUUCUACAGCCACCCGGUCCACUUCGUGUUCCACGACACCAAGCUGGACUCCAUGCUGGAGGAGUUCAAGAAGGGUAAAUCCCACCUGGCCAUCGUGCAGAAGGUGAACAACGAGGGCGAGGGCGACCCGUUCUACGAGGUGCUGGGCCUCGUCACGCUGGAGGACGUCAUCGAGGAGAUCAUCAAGUCAGAGAUCCUGGACGAAUCCGACCUCUACACUGAUAACCGCACCAGGAAGAAGGUGGUGCCCAAUAAGAACAAGAGAGAUUUCUCCGCCUUUAGAAACGACAACGAUUCAAAAGUGAAGAUCUCUCCUCAACUGCUGCUGGCCUCACACCGCUUCCUGGCUACAGAGGUGAGCUCGUUCAGCCCGUCUCAGAUCUCGGACAAGGUGCUGCUGCGGAUCCUUCGCCACCCGGACGUGAUCCAGGAGAUCAAGUUCAUCGACGGAGACAAGCGCUCGCCGCUGCACUACGUGUACCAGAGGGGGAAGCCCGUCGAUUACUUCGUCCUCAUCUUGCAGGGUCGAGUGGAGGUCGAGGCCGGAAACGAGAACAUGAAGUUUGAGACUGGACCGUUCUCCUUCUACGGCGUCAUGGCGAUCAGCGCUCCCACACUGGUGGCUGCACCUCGUCCUCGCCACCUCCCCUUUAAGAGAUUUUCUCUGUUUUCUCGGUUGCCAGGUAAAACGGUUUCCUAUGACUCACUGAGGCCCCCUGCUGGACGACUCACACCUACCGAGUUCCACUCGCCGUCCCACGUCAGCGGAUUGAGCCGCACGGCGUCUCUGAGCGGCGCCGACCGGACCGACACGCUCUCCGUCAGCGGCAGCAACAGCCAGCUCAACAGCGGCGCCGCGGCGCAGACGUACACGCCCGACUUCUGCAUGCGGGCGCUCACCGACCUGCAGUUUGUGAAGAUCACGCGGUCCCAGUACCAGAAUGGCCUGAUGGCGUCCCGCCUGGACAGCACGCCCCAGUCCCCGGAAAGCGGCCACGACGCCAUCAGCCUGGACCAAGCGCCUCCGCCCGCCGCCGACUCCACCCUGACGGAGAAUGGGCCAGACGAGACGACGCUCCUCCUCCACGAGCAGAACUCGCCGCACGAGGCCAACCACCACAGCCAGCUGGAGAACAGCAUCUGACCACCAGCACCACCGUCUGCACGCACACACGACCACACACACAUCUGUGCUGGGGAGAGGAGUGGGGGUGUGUGAGGGGGGCAGGGGGGGGGUGCAGACACACUGAUAUAAAGAGACAAGCCAUGUGCAUGCGUAUGGUGUAAAUAUGCAAAGGAUUAAAGACACACACUUUAUUGUGGGAACACUCAUCUAUGGUAGUUCAUCGGCAGGAAGGAGAAUCCGUGUGUGUGUGUGUGUGUUUGCACAUGUUCCUUAAUGUAUUAACUGAUCUGAAGGACUCGGAAGCUCCUCCCCCUCUCGGCGAGUUUUCUCCCCUUGUGUGUGUGUGUGCGUCCCUAAUCAGAGACUCUGCCCUCUUCCUCCUCCUCCUCACACACACACACACGCCGCCGCAUGUGUAGCAGCCUGCGUCGCCAUCGUACAGCUAGAAGACAAAGACGAACAUGUCGGCGUACAGAGUAAUAUAUGUUCCCUAGAAUCUAUAGAGAUAUUUAUUGGUGAAUUCUGUGUGAGACGACACACAAAACUUUAUUCUGUUUGUUUUUUUGGGGUGUGGAUGAGGGGGGGGGGGGGGUUCUAUAACAUUUUAAUUCUCGUUUCCGGUUGAGUCGUUCACAGAGGCUUCUAGCUCUGUGUGUGAAGACAAUCAGACUCACGUGGACUCACCGAUUAUUUUUUACAAAGACGGACGAUGUUUCAGAGAACUUUGAUUUGAUGAGUCUUUUCCUAGGGUGGUGUGUGUGUGUGUGUCCUAUUUCUAUCAGUUGAGUGGUUUGUCACAUGACUGCUGUCACACUUGCUUAGGCCUGAGUGUGUUGCUGCCUUCUACUGGUGAGAAAAUUGACUGCAGGCUGUAUGUGUGUGUGUGUGUGUGUGUGUGCGUGUGCAUCACCAGAUGUGUGUGUAACAGAAACCAAAAGAGGGAAGCUUGAUCACAUUCUGACUAGAAAAUACUUUAAGAAAUCUGAGACUUUAUUUAUGUGUGUGUGUAAAUAUACUAUUAUCAAUGUGAGGGGAUGAGAAAUGUGAUUUGUAUUGCCUCAUUAAGAGAUUUUACAUGUUUAAAUGUUCCUUUUGAUCGGUUGUGUUUUGGGAUUUCUUCAUUUUUGUUUUUUUUCGGGGGUCAAAACAUUUUUCGACAUCCGCUGCAUUUCAUCAUCUUCCUGAGAAGAGAUGAAGUUUAUUUAAUGACCUCAUGAUUCUGACAGAACUCUCAUAUUUCACCCUGUGAGACUUUAAGAGGGAAAUGUUUCCUCAAACAUUUUGUCUCCUGAUGGAUUUUUUUUUUCCCGUCGAUUGAUUUCAUAGGUUGUUGUUGUUGUUGUGAUACACAACAUGAGAAGUGAAUCAUACAGCCACGUUUAUUUUUGUUUUUUUAAACAAAGAUAUAGAAAGGGCUGCUUCCUCGUCUGGUUGUUCCCGUGAAGACGUCAGGCAAUUGGUUUGCAACUACAUGUCCCAGAAUGCAAUGCAGGAACUCACUCAUCUUUGCUGCGCCGCCGUUGGUGCCUUCUCCUCCUUCUGCUUCUUCUCCCUUCUUCUCCUUAUCCCUUCUUCUCCUUAUCUUCUUCUCUUUCCUCCUUCUUCUUUCCACUUGAAUACACAGGUAAAUCCCAAACGGGUUCCCAUCUGCACUCCUAAAUGUUGGUCAUGGCAAUUCUGGGAAACGUAGUUCUUCAGGAGGAGUCGUAGUCUUAAUUUAAGACACUAAAGUUUCUCAGUCUCAAUCAACAGAUUUUUUUUUUUUUAGCUCUUAAUUCCACAAGCGAGUAAAGUAUAAAGCUAUUUAACCGACAUCUUUAACGAGACUCUCUCCAAUAAGAAAGAGGAAUUAUAAAAGCUCGCUAGAGAAAGAGGAAUAUGAUUUCACUUCUGUUUUAUUUUAUAAAGAAUUAGCACAACGUGGUUUUCAUGGAAAACCUUAAAAAAAGAUGGCCUAUUUCUGUCAUUCCUUGUUGUCACGCGAGCGGCGAUAACCACAAGCUCCUCGUCGGCCAGCGGGCGUGAGCCGGUCACCGGUGUGCCAACCAUGAGUUUCAUUAGCCUCACACUGCCUUAAAAAACACGUCCGUUUGAUUCCUGGUGUCCUUUAAACGCAGCGUGGUGCCGUCACGUGAUAUUUAAAUGUUUAAGUCCAACACGUCAGUGACUUCACUGGUUGGAGUUAAACUUCGGGGGGAAAUCUGCUCAAAAUUAAUGAAUAAAAACGUGAACUUUUCUCUUUAUGCACUGGUGAUUGUGGUGUUUGAAUUAUAAAAUAUUUGGACAGAAAGCGUGUUAUGUUUAGGUCUUUUUGUGCCCCCCCCAAAAAUUCAAAUUGAAAACUAAACACUUUGCAUGUGGAGUAUCGCUCAUGGUGGUGUUGUAUUUUCACAGCUGAUGAGUCUUUUGUCACUUAAAAUGAUUUCUUUGAAGGUCAGGAGGUCAAUUUACCUCCAUAAAUUAAAAUCGCCCAAGAUCGAUUACUUUCUCAUAGAGGGGUUUCCUUUAUUUUGAAAAGAAGCAAUAUAUUUUCCCCUGGUUUAAUGUCCAUAUUCGUAUAUAUCUCCUAAAGCUAAAUUAACAAAUCUACUGUGCUGGAAUGUCAAAAACUACAACUCCCAUGAUGACUCGCGAACCAUUGAGUGCAAGGCGGGCUGAUGCCACAAUAAUGUCCUUUAUUGUUCUUUAAAUUCUCCCAACACGGACAUCUUUUCGACCAUCCAGUUCAGUGGUAGAUGCACAUUUAUUUUUGGAAAAACACGAGUAAAAUGUUCAUUUGUUUGAGAGAUGCCGGUGAAAGAAAAAAAAAAUGAUUUUAUUUUGAAAGGAAUGUUUAAACUCAAUCAGUGUGUUGUUGAUGUUUUACUGCUUCUGAGAAAAAAUUCUGUUUUUCAUCUUUUAAAACAAAAACUCCACAUAGAUCGUUUUCCAUAAUUUCAGAAGGGGAAUUAAAGGACGUUGAAACUGCCCGGAUUUCAAAAUAAAAGCACUUUAAGCAAGGAAAGCAGUAUUUUCUCUCUCCCCCCCCCCCCCCCCCCAAAAGAAGCCAAAAACAAUUGCCAAAGUUUCCGCCUCAGUGGCUUCUGUUGCAAUACGGCCACUGACCCGGAUUUCAUCAUCGUCAACAUCUGACUUCUUAAAACAUGAUACUGCUUUUUAUUUGUUUUAAAUCUUUUAAUAGCUGUCAAAGGUUUAAGGAGCUCACGGACUCACCGUUCUGUUGCGUUUACGGUCUCGUUCAUGACUGUACUGAAUUAUUAGACAUUUAUUAGUGUUCAUUCCUAAACUAUUUUUUAAAAAAUUGACACAAAAAAACCACUAAUUUCAAAGGACUGUUUUUGUUCGUUUUGUAAAUUUUUAUGGCUGAGAUUGUUUAAUAAAAUGUUUGUUUAUGUAAAUUCUUCUGGGUUUGGGUUCAAAAUGUGUGUUUGUGUUUGAAUGUUUUUCUUUUUUCUUUAUACCUCGAACUCUCGGUAAUAUUUAGAUUUUUUUUUUUAAUGAGUAAUGCAUUUGGGAUCAUAGCUUUCUUUGUUUUUUUGGAGGACAAACAAAUAAACUUGUCCUUCAGGGUCUCUGCAUGCUGUACCUUAAACACAGAAGUGUAAAUACUGUUUUAUAAUUCUUUUGUCUUAAUGAGUUUUGAAGGUGAAGAAAGUUAUUAAUAAACCUGAGAUAUAUUUCUCUAUGGACCUUU